UUCUAAUUUAGUACUGAAUGUUGUUUCAGACGUCUGAUGUAUCGGCUCUUUCUAAUGAAGAACUUGCUGUUGCUAAUGAAUAUAGAACGCUGGUAGACCAAUUGCUCUCUUAUUUACGAGAAUCUUUGGAUAAGUGGAAUAAUUAUAUUACAGUACUAGAAUGUAGCUCUGCCAGAAACAAUGCUACGGUAUCGUAUCAAGCUUCCAUUGCACACACUGGUAGACGUGAACGUCCAAAGUUUGAUGUGUCUAGAGAACAAGUGGAGUACCUAGUUUCACUUUCAUUUCAGUGGACUGAGAUAGCUGCCUUGUUGUGUAUAUCAAGAAUGACAUUAUACAGGAGGAGAGCUGAAUUUGGAAUGUUAGAUUUAAAUCCUGACAUAUCUAAUCAAGAGCUUCGUUCAUUAAUAAUUGAGUUUAAGGAAAGUGACCCUAAUGUUGGUGUGUCUAUGGCUGUUGGCCUCCUUCGCGCAAGAGGGUUCAAAGUCACUAGAGCUCGUGUCAGAGAUGCGUUACAAGAAAGUGAUCCCUUGAGAGCUUCUAUUAGAUGGCCAGGUGGAUUAAUUCGCCGAUGUAUGUACAGUGUUCCUGGACCUAAUUCACUCUGGCAUAUUGAUUCACAUCAUAAGCUUAUCAGAUGGAGACUAGUAACACAUGGAGGCAUUGAUGGCUUCAGCAGGUUGAUUGUUUUUCUCAGAUGUGCAUCUAACAUCAAGUCUAUUACUGUUUAUCAGAGCUUUCUUGAGGCUGUUAACAAGUAUCACUUACCUUCUAGGGUGAGGACAGACCAAGGCAUGGAGAACAUUUUGGUGGUGGAACAUAUGUUGGAGCAUCGGGGUGCUGGUAGACAGAGUGCGAUUGUUGGAUCCUCCGUACAUAAUCAGAGGAUAGAACGCCUAUGGAGAGACAUGCAUAAGUGUGUUACAA